AUGAGGGAAUUGAGAGAAAUGGCAGAAAAUGAAAUCGACCCGGGCAACGCUCAGGGUGGGUAAACAUAUUUAGGCCACCAAAUCUUUAACUUAAAACAGUAAACUGAUCCUUACGGCAGGAAGAGUGAUAGAAAAAAUAAAUAAAGAAAACAAAAAUAUAGUAGUGAAUUAUAUUUGCCGGACUUUUCGGUUUGCAACCCAACCUUUUUUUAUAGCCCUCGUUGAAGGUUUGAGUUGCAAACCGAAAUAUCAGGCAAAUAUAAUUCACCACGUUAUUUUUAUUUUUUUUUCCUUUAUUUUUUCUGUCACUCUUAUUGGCGUAGUGAUCAAGUUUAGUUUUUUAAGUUUAAAAUUUGGUACUCAAGAUUUUACUGAUCCAGGUCUACUAAAGAUCCGGUGGUAGCCUGUUCCAGGCGUUCAGAUAGUAGAGCGCGGCGGUCAGUGGGGAGCGAGUUAAAUUGUACACCGGGAGAACGGGGGGGAGAACAGGGGGGCCAUUUCCCCCUUUCCCCCUCUAGUCUUCCCUCGUUUUUUUUUCCUUCGUGAAUUUUUCUCCCGCGCUCUACUAGCUGAACGCCUGGAACAGGCUACUCCGGUGGACCCACACUGGUUUGUCGUUGUGGUUUUGCCUUCACAAGUGUUUCUAAUACACAUUAAGGGCAUGUUAUUUUAAGGGGUGUAUCAUGGCUUUCUAGUGUAUUCCAGCAAACGUACCUCCCAAGCAGUAUAUCAAACGUUACAAACAACCAAAAUAUGAACUUUGAAAAACUGUCAGGGUAAAAAUUCAUUAAAACCCACAACUGCAACCCAAUUUAAAAUUUUUCAAGUUUCCACCCAUGCCUCCUUUUCUGUUUGCUGUGUUUUGCGUUAUACCUUCUUUUAAUGUUAUUCUGAGCAGUUAUUUUAAUGGUUCACUCAAUUUGGUGGCUGUCCCUACUGUCUGAAUUUUGAUAAAGAACUGAAAGAACAUUGUUACUGUCGCAGACGUGUUUUUUUUAGGGCGAAGGAAGAAACUAUUUGUUUUCUCUGCCAAUCCUGUAAGGCUUUGUAAGUGCUCCGUAUACCGGAUAAAAACGGCAAGUUUGAUUGUUGCCUUAUGGUGAGGGCUUGAACGAGUGUAGCGCUUCAAUUAUUUUAUGUAAGAACACUAACUAAAGCAUUUUGCAUACCUUCCAGUUCAUGUAAGAUACAAUCAACGAACUUUAAUUUUGACUUUAGUUGUUCCACUGUUGACAUAUUUACUCAUGAAGGAAGACCUUACUCUGGAGGAGGUCAGUGGACUUGCGAUUGAUGUUGUCGGUGCUGGUGUUGAUACAGUAAGAUCAAUGAUAUCAGUAAUAAUAAUAAUAACCGUCAUCAUCAUCAUCAUCAUCAUGAUAAUAAUGAUGGAAACUUUAUUUGUGUUUUUGAAUGUACAAUUGUAAAUCUCGCUACGUAUAGGCAAUUCACAAAUGUUGGUUGAGAUUGGAUUAUUCAAAAACAAAAGAAAGAAAAAAGAAAAGAAAAGAAAUCAAAAUUGCAUUAAGUCUGGGCUAUCCCAAUUCCUAUUUCUACAACAAAAGAUGUAUUAUGUUGCUCUAAUGGCCAUAUUUAUCAUUUACUUGAUUAUAUAAAGUUGCUGCUUUUUGUCCAUGCCAAUGUCAUUCAUCAUGUCUAAGAACGUGGAGCAUUCAGCGGAGAAAACGCCAAGGCAGCUCAUGGAGAGAUUUACAAAUUUCACAAAUCUGUAAUUUCUACUCAUUUCUUUGAUCAAGUUCAGGUAUUUUUCUUUUUUAAGCACUGCAUUGUUAUUAAGGUUAGAUCUGAUUACGAAAAGAAGAUCUGGACGACAAAUUUCACCAGUUAUUAUUGAGGGAUUCAAAAAACAUUAACAUCUGCAUAGAGUGAAGAGUGAACAUUAAUUACGGGUUGAAGUGACUUGUCUCCAGGUAAAGCGAUCAAAGUACUGUUGACAACCAGCGACAACAUGAAGGAGUGAUUCAGGAUUAAGGCAAAAGGAGCAAUCAGGACUUUGUGAUAAUCCCCAUCCAUUUGACAUCCUAGUGAAAGACAAAGAGAAAGAGAAAACUGCGAGACCUGAGGCGGGAGUUGAAACGGAUCUGGAAAUUUCGCAGAGUAACUGUGAUGCCUGCAAAUCAUAAUUGGUGCAUUAAUUAGGGACUGUCUCGAAAGACAUAGAAAAGUGAUUAACAGAGAUAGGUGUCACAUGUCGUUUGGAAUCAUUGCAGAAAGCGUGCUUACUGGGUACAGAAUCCUUCGUAAAGUCCUGGACACCUAAGGUCACGGGCAGUGACUUGAUGUUUAAGGAAGACUCCAGCAAGUCAUCCAAAAGUUGUGUUUAAUGAGGAUAAUUUUAAUAAUACUAAUAAUAAAUCUGAAUCCUGGUAAAAUCCUAGACAACGGCCAUUUUGAAGUGCAAAACAGUUCCCACGCGACGCCAUGUCUAAUCAGUAAUAUUUAUCUCCUGUAUUUGUAAUGAGCUAACAUUGAGUAGACUCUCGGACAGUUGCAGGGAAUUUUUUUUUAAUUAAUUAUUUAUGUUUUAAUGAACAAUAGGAUUCCAACAUAAGCUGACUGCGAAAAAGUGUGGUUUUAAAUUAUUUAGAAGUUUUGUCUUUUUUUCUGUGCAGACAUCGAAUACUACUUUGUGGUGGUUGUAUAAUUUAGCACGAUUCCCGGAGGUCCAAGAAAAGCUUUAUCAAGAUUUAGAAAGUGUUUUGGGCAACGAUGAGGAGGUCACACCUGAGCAUCUCACCAAACUACCCUAUCUUAAGGCGUGUCUUAAGGAGUCCAUGAGGUAAAAAGGCCAUUGCAUAUCAUUUACUAGGUAUAAAAAGUUUAAUUACUAGACAGUAUAAGUUUAGUACAACUUGACAGCAAGCGUCUACGGAAAAGGUGAACAGUUUUGAACGUUUUGUGACCGUUUGGCGUUUUCUCAUGAUUCAACCAAUUAUAUGUCCAAUUUUCUUCUUUUUUUUUUUUUCAUGUGAUAACUAUAUCAUGUGCAUUGGCCCCAUAAUGAACCAAAAAGGAAAAUGUAUUAUCUGAUUCAGUGGCUAGACCUUUAUUAAUCGAGGAGUUCAGGAAGAGAAGAUAGAAGAACGUUUCAAAAGUCAUAUCAACUGAAGAUAUACGAAGGGACUCAAGAGUUAAUAUCUCUUAUACUGCAAAGCGUGUGUAUUUGUAUAGGUAAUAGCAUGAUUUGUAGAAUUUGACAUAAAAUACCAAUAUUUCGGGUUUUUAAAAAUUUCACGAGCCGUUAUCCAUUACAUUUCCACAGUCUUAGCCCGUAUCUGCCUUCACCCACAAAAGGUUUGUAAUUUUCCUUUAAGAUGAAAUACCACUGCUCUAAGCCAAUCAAAUUGCAGAAAUUUCUGAUGUAGUAGUAUAAAAGUAAGAAGUGAACGGGUUUUAAAAAAUUUGCUUAUCCAUUACAUUUCCACAGUCUUAGCCCUAUCUGCCUUCACCCUUUGUAGCCAGGACACUCACGGAAAAGGGUCGUGUGUGCACUCACAAUAAAAAAGCUUUAUUGUUAUUUUUUUGUUUAGACUGACUCCAAGUAUUACAGUCCUUGCAAGGUUUUUGGACGAGGAUGUCGUUUUAUCCGGAUACCAAGUUCCAGCUAAAGUGAGUGUUAGGUACUUCCAAUAAAACGGCAGCAUGCAUCUUGUUCCCCAUCUUGGUAUUCUCUAGCCUCCCACGCACGCAGGUGUCUCAGUUAGGGGAGUUCGUAUUUCGUCCCUCCCCACAAACGCCUGGUUAAGCGAGAACAACAUUCUUUUCCCAUUAUUAUUCGCGUGGUAAGUAACCAAUCAACAGUUUUGAAAUAAAGUGUCGGCAGGCUAAACACGACUCAUAAGCUCGUGCUAGUGUAAAAAUAUCACCCUAGAGUUACCUUUUUCCUUCUUUUCUUUCCUUCGCUAAGGUAAUGCAGUGCACGGAGUAUUCUAAAAUCUGACUAAAUCUUACUUUUGCCGCUCUGAGUCUAACAUAUAUUAGAGGUCAUAAAGCUUUCCCAGUGUUUCAUGCAGAUCGAGUAAUUAUCGGGUUACCCUGCGAUCAAGGUCAACCUUCCAGAAUUUGGAAGGUACAAUGUGAUUGGCUUAGCUUGGGAAAGGAAUGUUGUUCUCGGUUGCGAAGGCGUUUGUGGGGAGGGACGAAAUACGAGCUCCCCUAAAAACGCCUGCGUGGGAGCUUUGCUAAGCAUUACCUGAAUGGAUUCGCUGAGAUUCAUACAAAUAAAGCAGAAAUUAAACCCUUUAAAAUGCUUGGCGACUAAAAUACAUUACUAUUGACAUUUUGCUACUAUUUCUGCACAACAAAUACGAAAGGCUCGCUUGUGGAGUGAUUUGUUUUGUUUUAGGUUUUGUUCUUUCAUUUGACAUGCCGGAAUGUUAUUUUACGACGUUUUCCCUUCAACCAAAACGUCCGGUUUGAAUUUUCGGCAAUUUCCAUUAGCGAAAGGAACAGCGGUAUUUUUAAAAAUUUCCAAAAAAGAGGACAACCUCGCAAGGUAUACCCAAAUUUCUAAUUUUUUUCACGGAAUUUUUCUUCCAUUCAACUUUGCUCCUGGAGUUUCUACAAUUGUUUUGUUGAAGAAUGGUUCGCAUUUCGGAAGUCAAAGAAACUUUUCGGGGAAAUUGCUGUACUAUUUGCCUCUGUUUCCAAAUUUUUGAAAGGUUUGGUUGAAUGGAAUGCGCCCUCUGUUUUACAAUUUGACUGGGACGAGAGGCAAUUGUGCCUUUUUGUCCUACACAAUUCGCACGCUUAUUUAUGCUGUCAUCCCUGAGUUCUUCGCCUUACCCAGAAAUGUGCAGCAUAAGUUCUUAAGAAACACUCAAUUUAGAAUCCCUUCAAGUUCAUAUUGUUAUAAAUUAUUUGCUCAGACGCUCGUAUUGAUGGACUUGUACGCUGCAACUCGGUCAGAGAAAUACUUCAAAGAUCCUUUGGAGUUCAAACCAGAGCGCUGGCUUAGAGAAAGUAAAGAGGUUCAUUCCUUUUCUCACCUGCAGUUUGCAUUUGGACCUCGUAUGUGUCUUGGUAAGAAGAUAAUUAUGCAGUUCGAUUGUGUCAACGAUUUAUAAGGUUAUUUAUACACAAUAGUUAUUUAGCCGUAAGUUACAAGCAAAUGCUAGCCAAGCAAGUUUGCAGAAUUUUCCAGUAACUGAUUCUACAAAAAAAAAGUAUAAAAGCGCGUCAAAUAUGAACCUAGUAUAUGGCCUCGCUCUCCAUGAGUUCUGCGUAGCUCAGCUGAUAGAGCGCCCGCCUGGUGUUUGGCGGGGAGGUCAUAGGUUCGAUCAAAGGAGGAUUAUGCAGUCUUUCCAUGAUACAUUUCGCCGUAGUAUAUUAUCGAAUUGGUUUUUGACUUCAUCACUUUAAAGACAGAUGCAUUGAGUAAACAACUCCAUCAAGCUCCCGUCUUUGGGGAGGAUACAGACGUGAUUUAUUUGCACUCUUGCGAUUUGAAUAGCCAGUUCGACUUUACAGGACCUUCUUUGUAGUUUUUACGGCUGAGUGUGUUCUUCGGUCAUUUCAUUUUUGUCAGUUCUUUGGUAGACAGGUGUUAGUAAGCUCUAAUAAGCUUAAGCUUAUGUUACCCACUUUGUUAGCGGCUAACAAGCAAAUUUUGGAUAAAUUCGACGGCGUGAGAUUUCUAUUCAUUGUACAGGUUAUUGAGAAAAUUCAAAAGAAAGCUCAGUUUUCUUUUUGUGGGCAAAGGGAAGCUUUUAAUUCUGAAAUUGUUCUUCGAGGAAUUCAACCUUAUUUUCUUCACGGCGGAGCGCUUAGCCUGUUUUGAAAUGCAACCAAGGUAGCGACGUUUAGGAGGAUUCUGAGGUACAUUUUUACUCUAUGGUCAAGGAAAAAGACGUUUUUAAAAGGGAAUUUAUGUAUUUAUAGGUCGUCGUGUGGCUGAGUUGGAGAUGUAUGUGCUAAUCUGCAAGGUCAGUAGUCAAACCAUCAUUAAUUUUCUUGAACUUAACACUUCUCUGAAGACUGCUCCCACUCUUCCCCCUUUCUGUAAGUUUCGUCUACGUCAAUUGCACAUAUCGACAAAACAUUGUAUAAGAUGUAAUCAACAUUAACAAAAACAAGUUGAUAUUCAUCAAAAAGUAAGAACAGUACGCUUACCAGAUAAUAGCACUUCUGUAGCUAAUGAAGGUGGGUGCAACAAAGACUUAGCUUGUAAAGUUUCUGUGUCAGUUGUGACAUUCAGAUGCACUUUCUUGGGGAUUGGAAUUUUUCCUCCUUCUCCUCCUCUUUCUCCUCCUCGUCAUCAUCAGUCCCUCCUAACCUUUCUCCUUUAUGUCUUCUCUUACUUGCCAUUUCUCUUUGUUGCAGUUACUUCGGAGGUUUCGCUUAGAGUAUCAUCACGGGCCAUUGGAAUUGCGUCAAAAGCUGUUCACUGUCCCAGACAAACCCGUUAAGAUCAAGUUUGUCGACCGCUCUUGA